AUGGCACUUAGUGAACGAUCUUCGUCCACACAUCCCAUCGUCGCAAUCGCUGAUAGUAAACAUACCGCGCUUCCGAUCGUCACCCGCGCUCCCCUCAUCACCCUCGUCGACCCGCACCGCCUCGACGCCCUCACCUCCCUUAGUCACCCACAUUCCCUCUCGUCACUCGCUCUUCCCCUCAUCACCCUUGCCGACCCUCACCGCCCGCACCCCUCCUCGUCGCUCGCGCGUCCCGUCGUCGCCCUUGCCUCCCAGUCACUCCCGCUUCCCCUCGUCGCGUUUCCAUCCGCUCUUCCCCUCUCCCCAUCUCACCAUCCCAAGAGGGGGAGGAAUAGAUGGGGAGGAACAGAGGUGGUCGCCUCCACCACCCCAAUCGAUAAGUGUUUUGAACCCCUCUCUGCUCCCCACCAUCCUCCCCCAAGCUCUCUCCCCAGAAUCUGCCCCCGUUCCCCCCAUCCUCUUCCCUGUUUCCCCGUAUCCCCUGCCCUGCUUCCCCCCAUCCCUCCCCUUCUUCCCCCCAUCCCCACCCCAUCCCCUUCCCUGCUUCAACCCACCCCCUCCCUUGCUUCAACCCAUCCCCUUCCCUGCCUCCCCCCAUCCCCUUCCAUGUCUCCGUUACUUCCUCCUUACCGCCUGCCCACCUUACCGCCUGCCCACCUUACCACCUCAAAUCCUUCCCUUCUCAUCCGCGCACAGGUGUGGCGGAAGGUGCACGUGGUGCGGAGCAUAUUGGCGCUGGGGUACGACGUGGUAUUAACUGAUCGUGCGGUUCUCUGGGGUGUCAAUUCGCGCGCCGUCGUCGCCAACGCCGAUCUCUUUACGGUGCGCAGCAACACGCACACGCAUGCUCAAGUUCUUUGA